UAUUCUAGCAUCAGUUUAGCACCUCUUUUUUUUUCAAGGUGACUGCACGCGUAAACAGCUUCUAAUUUCCAUCCUACGCACUGAAUUUAUAACUAGAGAAUUUGUUUGGAGAGCACGUAGCUCGUUAAUUUAUGGUAAAGAGUGGUACCUUGGGUACGCCCUUUCUUCUUCAACUUUUUUGUUUACCUCAUUCUUGUGUGACUCUUUAAACGCCGAUUUAUCUUUUAAUCUCUUAUCAAGUGUACCUGUUUUUAGGUAUGGAAAUUUAGGAAGAACGUAAUUUUGUGAAGAAUCAACAUCUCGUAGGAAAAUACUUAAUAUGCAAGAUCUACUUUACGUAACUGAACGUGAUUCGCUACUGCGACAUGAAGGACAAUAAACAAAGAUUGAUCGGACGGCCCAGUCACUAUCACCUUUAGAAACUGCCGUUAGUCUUUCAAGCUGCAAGUCAUGUAAGGUUGUCUGAAAAGCUAUUUAAUAUGAGUAAUAGUUCAUUAGUUACAAAAUAAUUGUUUAGUUACAUGAACUGAUGUGUUAUCAGUUUACGUUCACACCAAAAUUGUUCAGUCAUAAGAUCGUUUAACCACAUGACACGUAGAAAUCAUGUCAGACAACAAAAGAGCAGGAUCUGAAACCCCCGAGGACUGUAUUUUUCCUGAUUCAUGUCUCAAAAAGUACUAGAGGCCAUGUCUGUCGGUUGUCCUUCUUUCUCAAGUUGCCAUGCCAACAGACACUGAUAAUAAAAACCUGGGCAUAAACUAAGUCAAGCGUUUGUUUGGUGACACCGUGCUCAAAACCAUUCUCAAUGUAGCCGAACUAUUGACCUGAAUAUUGAAUUUGUCAGUAAGCAGUAGCAAGAAAGCUUACAGCGAAUACUUGAUACUGAAAAAAAAAAAAAAGCUUCAAACAGCUCAUCGCUUAUAAAGAAGCCUUGAGGUCUACUGCUGGUCUGAAAUCGGCAGCUCAACUUGGCUAGACUAAACAACCGGCCUUAAGUUUCUUACGAAUCGUUUCUUAUUUCUUAAUGGACGUGUUCCGUCGAUGUCAUCAACAGACUUUGGCUUUAAGCAUACCGUACAACGUUCUGUCCAAAUUUGGUUAAAUAAAAACAACUUAUCUUGAUACAUAAACUCCUCAUUCUUCCUGACAACAGCCGGUCUAAAAAGAAAUUAUCAUGAGCUCUUUAAGUUGAAGAAGUUAGUAAUUGUAUAAAAAUUAUUAAAUAAUUUCCAGAAAAAUCGUUGCUUUUUUUAAAUGCUAUUUCAUUGCUAAAUGUGUAGGAAAUCGCUAAGUUCUACUAAAUUUAGUAGCGAAUAAAAAUAGAAACCUUUAUCGGCCAUUAAGUUAGGUACAUCUACAGCAUUCUGAUAUAGGAUAAAUUCACCUAAACAUGAUCUUUCUUUUACUAACAAGAGACACUAGUUUUCCAAAGCAGAAAAAAAAGUAGGAAAGUGAUUAAGUAUGGAGACUUUGACGUUGUUGGCAUGACAGCUGGUUUAUAUCCAAGAGGCAUCAAGGAGAAGUGAAAAUAUUCAGUAUUUAUUGAUUCAGACAAUUCUAGAUGAUAGAAGCUGACUGUUGUAAACAGAAUCAAUUAAAGCUUUUAGUGAUCCAGGCAGGUAGUAGACACUUUGCUUUCUCAAUAAAACAUUUGGAAAAACUCCACUCAUUCGAACAUCUUACAGACAACAUAGCUUGAAAAUGAUAAAAUUUCAAGUUUAAAAAUGUCGAAAAUUUGGUUUGAUAUUAGCUUCUGCUGAUUUUUCCAUAUACUAGAAACGUCUGUUGGACUUAGUGAGGCGCGGUGUCUGCUACAAAUCUCUGUAAGAUUCUUUGACUUAGUUACGACACAAGUCUCCAAAACAUACCAACAACGAUAUUCACUAAAAUCAGUGCUCUGCACAAAAAUUUCAAAUAUUGCACCCUAGUGUUGGAUUUUGUUUUUUUCGAAAAACAAAGACUGUACUGGUAUCUGGCUAUCAGUACUCCAAAAAUAAUAUCCAUAUCUUGUGACUUUAAUCAUGAAAAAAUUUCAAACCCACUCGCGUAGUGCAUUCUUAAUGAAUAACAAUAGUUUUCCUCGAACACCUCCAGAGAAAGGAAAUGUUAUUACGUUAAAAUGGCUCACUCCCCAUCCUGACGGAAGGACAUACGUAAAACAACUUAUAAACAAAUAAAAUUGCAAAACACUGCCAACUACGGUGGAGACAUAACGGAACCUCUCCUUUUGAAACUUUGUCACCCGUGCCACAAAAUAGACAACUGUUUUGGUGUUUUCUUUGAACACGAUUUAUACAGAGGAAAUUAUUAUUUCUCGGAAGAGCUGAGGGCGUUGUGUAACAUUCAUCUAAAAUAAACUGCAGCGAUCAUAACAAAGUUUAAUCUUGUAGAUUGGAUGUAACAACGAGGAUCACUUAAAUAACUGAGUAAAAUAUAUCUAAUCUGACAUCACUAAAGUAUUGGCCACGCUCGGAUAAGUUUGUUCAAUACUGCUUUUGUUGUUUUCUGCUUCCAUAUAUGAGAAAACAAACGACGAAGUGUGGGAUGGCUGGUGCCCCAAAAGAAUUAAUUUGUGUCUGAUUGCAGUUUCAUACCGUUUUGGGUUAUUUGGCUGUCUGCAAGACUGAUAUGAAGUUACUGCCACACCGCGCCAAGGGGUUGCUGUUAUGAAGCUAGCAUAAAUAAUUAAACUACACAAUCACAAUACGCAAUCACUGUUUCAUGUCGCCUGCCAUAUGGUAAUUUGUGCUCCAGUCUAGGUGGACGCUUUUCGGUAAUUUGUCGUUAUAAUCAAGAAACGUAGAGCAGCACACAUUCAGCCAAUGUUAUCCUUUGAUUACGCCUUCCCAUUUUGUUUGAGAACCUUAUCACAAUGAUGUCAUCCCAGACAGUCGAUGUUUAACAAAAGGCGCUCCAACCAACCACUAUCUUACGCCUUUAAAUUAAAUGUGGGUUUUCUUUCUACACUUUUAGGUUUCACGAAUCUCGUGAAUUAUUCAGUUUACAAGUCGUUACCGUUUAAUUAAGAGAACUUCUAAACGAAUGUCAUCAUUGUGAAGUGGCUUCUGUUCAACUACUCUCCAAUCAGCCGCAAAAUGACCGCAAUGUCACAAGUCAGCAUGCACAAUUUUUUUAAACUCUCAACGAUGUGUGACCACAAUUUCAUCGGUUUAUUGCACACAGUAAUCGAUACGAAUUCAGCAAACACCAUUAUCGGAAAAAACCCUUUUAUGUAUGGUUUUUCGGUUUGUGGAAACUAACCAAAUAUUAGUUUGUUUCCUGGGCACGACUGAAUAUUUUUAGAGUGCUAUUUUGAAUUCGGUUGUUAGCAAUAAUUCCAGCGUGGCUGCUUGCACUGUUGGCUAAUGUCGGGCGUGCACGUGAACAAUAUAGUGGGCGGCUAUAUAGUCACAAAUGAACCACUUGGAUACUUCAGUAAUCAGUGCAACAUUCACUCCAGCCACAUCGGACUGACGAUUAGCCCAUGACUGCAACAACCUUCUAGUACCAACGAUAUCCCGCAGAGAACUCAGAUGAAUUGCUUCAACUUUAUUUUACUUUUAGUGUGCUUUACGCCAGUAUCACUACAAAAUGGAGCGGAGAUUACUAACCUCCAAGGCGACUUGUUGAACUUGUUAGAGAUAAAGGAAAAGCCGAGCGUGUCAAGAAGUAGGUCUCAGGUACCGAAAUAUGUGAUGGACCUUUAUAAGGAACAAGCUCACACGACGGGCUUCACUAAGUUUGGCAAAUCUGCUCCUGGGAAAACCAUACGAACCUUCUUCAGAGACACGAGUGUCAGCGACGACAAGAGUCGCUUCUACUUCAACUUAUCGUCGCUUAAACCCAAUGAACAAAUAGAGAAAGCAGAGCUCAGAUUAUUUAAAAGACGUUCUAAGCUGGAGAACACUCAUGGACAUUUUAAGGUGGUAGUGUAUCGUUUGAAUCGCCGACCUGUUGAAGGCAGCAUAAGCUGGAAGAAAAAGCUGACUACAGUGGCUACCAAACAUGUUAAGUGUCGCCGAGUUGGCGGCUGGAUCGUCUUGAACGUCACAUCAGCGGUGUCGUUUUGGAGUUCUUGGCCAUCACGGAAUUUCGGUUUGUUGAUCUCAGUCAAAGGAAUUGGAAUUCCAACUUCGGAUUUCUACAUAGCAACUGGUGGUAGGAAAGAGCCGAUCCUAGUCAUUUACGGAGGUGACAAGGACAAAUCGCCAGGACCUUUUAGUGAGAUUCCGAACGAAACAAGGCCUAACGGCGAAGACAGACACAACAAAGGUAAAGGAAAAAACAAGCAAGACACUUCUGGCAUGCUGAACAGAAGGCGCAGAUCUGUGGGGGACGAUAGCUGUGCGAGACAUAAACUAUUUGUGAAAUUUCGUGACUUAAACUGGGACAAAUGGAUUAUAGCGCCUCGAGGAUUCAGCGCUUAUUACUGCAUGGGUGCAUGUCCAGAAAUCAUCGAUAAAUAUUACGAUCCAUCAAACCACGCCAUUAUACAAAACCUACUGCAUCAUCGAUUGAAUAAGAAAAUUCCUGCAGCUUGCUGUGUGCCAACAAGUUUAAACUCUAUGAGUUUAAUGUAUUUCGAACUGGAUGGAAGCAUUGUGCUCAAAGAAUACUCUGGCAUGGUGGCGUCGACGUGUGGCUGUCGCUAAAAGAGUUUAUAGUUUACCAAAAAACCUCGUCUGUAAAUGUCAGUCGAUUUAAAGUGAAAGCACAGAGAACAAAUUAAGUGUCAAAGAACAUAUUUAUAUUGAUAAAAGGUGUUUCGCACCCUAACACGAUAUCGGAAUAUAGUGAAUCAGUUAAAGUAGAGUAUUAUUGUGACCCGAGGCAGGUUAAUCAAAAGAUUGACAAAGUCAAACAUUUUUUUCAGAAUAGUCAGUCUUGCUCGGGUCGUGUAACACGCUAGCUAAAGUUCGUUUGUACCACACAACUCUUCCGUCGGUUUACGAAAAUCAUCUGUUGACGAAGAGUAUAGAGGAGCUAUAAAUGGAACAGUGUAACCUAUUAAAAGUAUGACCGAUAACUAGCCUGGAGCGGCUGCUACUGUUCAAAGACAAUUUUAUUUAUUUCCGGUCAGGCACUGAGCCGAUGUCUAUUUCUUCUUGAAAUUUGCAUUAAUUUCAGACUUAUUAUAUCACGCUUCUGUAAGCAUGAGUUUAAUAAAUUUCAACCCAGCAAAAAAGAGUGUCCCGCCAUCACGUACUAAGACUAACAGCUCAUAUUCCUUUUGGUAUUCUCCAAUAAUUGCGCUAAGCACUUCACCAUGUUGUCUAAAUCAGUUUGCCAAAAAAAAUUUCAAGUUCUCACAUUGUUAAAAAUAUUUGUACUUGAGAAUGAAGAGUAAAUUGUUGACUUAGGA